AUGGCGCUGUUAAAACGGACAAUUGUCGCUGAUGAUCAUGCUGUCACUCGGGGUGGACAUCUGACCCUGAAGCAGUCCUUGCUGCCGAAUUCUCUUGUCACAAUUCUUUUCUUCCUCUGGGGCUUCGCCUACGGCCUCCUCGAUGUCUUGAACUCGCACUUCCAAGCCGACCUUAACAUCACCGCCAGCAAGGCGUCCGGCCUGUCUGCCGCCUACUUCGGCGCCUACUUCCUCUGCCCACUGACCAUCUCCGGCUGGAUUCUGCGGCAUUACGGCUUCCGCGUCACCUUCAUGACCGGCUUGGCAGUUCUCGCGGUCGGGUGCCUGCUCUUCUGGCCGUCGGGCGUUAAGGAAUCGUUCGGCGGCUUCUGCGGAUCCAUGUUCGUGGUGGGCGCGGGCCUGUCGACGCUCGAGACGGGCGCGGACAACUUCCUGUCCAUCUGCGGCCCGCCGCGCUACAGCGAGAUCAGGCUGAACCUCGCGCAGGGUGUGCAGGGCGUGGGCUCGUUCGUCGCGCCGUUGCUGGCGAGCAGGGUCUUCUUCGCCGACACGGUGGACACGAAGCAGGGGUUGAGGAAUGUGCAGUGGGUCUAUCUCGGCGUCGCGGGUUUCGUCGCCCUGCUCAUCAUCAUGUUCUGGAUCGUGCCUAUGCCGGAAGUGACAGACGCCGACAUGGCUGUUCAGGAGCGCGAAAUCGCUGAGGGUGGACACGGUGGCGAGUCGGGCGAGGGCGAGGGUCCGUUCCGCAAGCAGUACAACCUAUUCCUGGGCGUGUGGAGUCAGUUCUGCUAUGUCGGCGCGCAGGUGGCCGUCGCGAACUACUUCAUCAACUUCUGUCAGGAGGCCGGCUAUUCAAGUGCAACGAGCUCGAAUCUGCUUGCCGUCGGACAGGGCUGCUACGCCUUCAUGCGCUUCGUUGGCUCCGGCCUGAUGGCCAAAAAGGCCUUCAAGCCCCGUUACAUGCUCGCGAUCUACCUUGCGCUUUGUUUUGUCUUCGGUCUCGCCGCCGUCUUGACACACGGGAAGACAAGCGUGGCGAUGCUGAUCUUGGUGUUGUGCUUUGAGAGCAUCUGCUUCGCUACCAUCUUCACCCUCGCCUUGCGCGGUCUUGGUCGCCACACCAAGCGCGGCGGCAGCAUGUUGGUUGCCGCCAUCUCCGGCGGCGCUGCAAUCCCUCCCAUGACUGGUGCCGUUGCCACCUCGACUGGCAACUUCCACACCGCUAUGGCUAUUCCAACUGCCUUCUACGUCGCCGCGUGGAUCUUCCCAGUAUAUGUCAAUUUCUUCAACCGGGAGAGCUUGGACGCGCAUCGUGAGUCAGAAGUGAAUGUAGAGAAGAGCACAGUGGGUGAUGCUAUGGAUAAGGCGGUGGAGCUAGAGAGGGGUGGAAGUGUAGCGGAAGUUGGGAAGGGAGAGGUGGUGAGAGUCGAGAGGCGGGACUGA